AUGAGUACUUGUGGAGGCUGUCAUAAACCAACUUCUGGAAGUGAUAUUAUAUCGUGCUCUAAAUGUCCGAAGGGUUAUCAUCAUAUAUGCGUGGGCGUAACUAAGGAAAACUUUAAAAAACUCUCAAAGGAGACGAAAAAUGCUUGGAAGUGUCCUGAAUGUAAGAAAGGUCAGCCUAAAAUUGGAGAUAACUCUGACACUCCGGUGCGUGGGUCUAGAGUCGAUGUUACUUCCAGUGAGUCUGGGGAAGGCAAUAAUGAGUGUAUUGCACUACUGAUUCAGAAGCAAAUCAAGGAUACUCUUGCGGCGGAACUUCCUAGAAUUGUACGCAAUACUCUGCAGUCAGAAUUAAAAGGUUUGCGUGAUGAAAUAAGUGCGUUGAAGGAAUCAAUAAACUUUAUAAGCGAUAAGUAUGAGGACCUGAAAUCUGCUGUGGGCAAACGCGAAUUGGACGUGAAGUGCUUAUUAGAAGACAACCGUAAAAUAGAGUUAAAACUCAAAGAUGUUUUCAAUCGGCUAACUACAUUUGAGCAGUACUCAAGAGAUUCCAAUAUCGAAUUACAUGGACUUCCCGAGUUUAAGAACGAAGAUCUGGCUCAGACUUUGCAGCAAAUUGGGAAAGUAGUAGAUCACCCUAUUAAAGACGAUGAAAUUCUUGCCUGUCAUCGUGUUGCCAAGAUGGAUCCAAUGACUAUUCCUAACAUGGAUUGGGUGAAAUUGACUUCGACCUACGACCCGCAUUAA